UAGUUUCUCCUCAUUCUGGGCAUCUUCACUACAAGAGAGUUUGCUCAACAAUCACCAUUAACUGUCAUUAUUGUUAUCACUAUCACCAGCAAUUUUUACAUUCUCCCAAACGAGGCGGAAGACGGAGGAUGGGCGAUUGUUCAAAAACCAUUUCUGAAAAUUCGAUCCUCGAAAUCCUGCAGGAUGAGUGUGCUACUCCUAUUGAUGUACUAAACAGAGUUGCAGAAUCAAUGAUUGCUCAUAUGAAAGCUGGACUUAAUGUUGAUGGUGCACGUGAUCUUAAGAUGCUUCUAAGUUAUGUUAAUAACUUGCCUACUAAGCAGGAGACGGGGCUGUUUUAUGCUUUGGAUAUUGGAGGGACGAAUUGUCGUGUGUUAAGGGUUAAGUUAGAUGGGGAAGAUAUUGACAUCCAUAAAAUAUCCAGGGAGAUACCUGCAGAGCUGAAAACCGGUACCUCAAAGGAGUUAUUUGGUUUUAUUGCCUUGGGUCUACGGGAACUUGUAAAUUGGGAAUUUGAGGCAUUUGGUAUUCAAAAAGAUACGAAACGGGAGAUAGGUUUUACAUUCUCAUUCCCAGUGGAACAGACGUCUAUUAAUAAAGGGACAUUAAUCGAAUGGACUAAAGAAUUCAAUAUCUCAGAUACAAUAGGAGAAGAUGUAGUUGCUUGUUUGGUAGAAGCUAUGAAAGAACAAGAACUUGAUAUGUUUUCUGUAACUGCGCUGGUUAAUGAUACUGUGGGAACGCUCGCUGGAGCAAGAUACAAGGACAGUGAUGUGAAAGUUGCUGUCAUUUUGGGCACUGGAACUAAUGCGUGUUACAUAGAACGAACGGAUGUGAUUCCAAAACUCAAUAGACAGGGGAAUCAGGGUCACGUUACUGGAAAUACGAUCAUUAAUACAGAGUGGGGAGCAUUUUCUGAAGGACUUCCUUUAACAGAAUUUGAUCAAGACUUGGGUACUGAUCUGGGUAAACAGAUAUUUGAGAAGAUGAUAUCUGGUAAAUACCUAGGCGAAAUUGUGAGUAGAAUUUUGCUCAAGAUGGCUGAAUCGGAAAAUUUGUUUGGUGAACACUACACGCCUUCUGCUGUUCUAAGUACACGGGAAUUAAAUGAAAUGCAGCAGGACGAUUCCGACGACCUGAAAAGUGUUGGAUUAAUAUUAAACGAAACAUUCAAGGUCGAGACCACCCUAAGCACGAGAAAAACUGCUGUAGAGGUGAUUGAUGCUAUUGUCAAAAGAGGAGCACGAUUAGCUGGUGCAGGCAUAGUCGGAAUUCUUAAGAAAAUGGAACAAGAUACGGAGGGAUUUAUUUAUGGGAAAAGGUCCGUGGUGGCCAUUGAUGGAAGUUUAUAUGAACAAUAUCCACAGUACAAAUUAUAUCUCAAAGAAACAGUUAAGGAGCUGCUUGGUCCAGAGAAAUUUGAAUAUGUGGUCAUAGAACAAUUCCAUGAUGCUUCCGGAGUUGGAGCUGCUUUAUUGGCCGAUACUAAUUCCAAAGUGUAUCAUCUGCCUCGUGAGAUUUGUGAGUGAACGGAUUAGCUUUGAACAUAUGGCAGGCGGAAGGAGACCUUAACGGCCCACCUAAAUAAAACACAAACAGUAGCAAUCUGAAGCAACGUGAAUGUCGAUUUUAAUACUAGUAUAUUUUUAUUGUUAGUUUUAUUCGGCAAAAUUAACUGGAUAAAUUACAUCAAAAAAAAAAGGCUGGAUAAAUGCAAAGCAAGAUAAAUUCGUUGGAAUGACCCUUGUUGUAACUUGUAAGGAUACUGUGUCUAUUAUGAAUUCCGUUCGAUUUGAGAAAAA